AAGACGUGCUAUGAUCGAAAGGUAUAAGAGGAGAGACCUUGUUCUUUUCUUGGGCAUUUUUACUACAUCUCAUGCCCAUAUUACAUUGUUCCCUCUCCACCCAAGGAAAGAAAAAGGACCUCACAACAUCAUGGCCACCAGAACUAUUCACCUCAUCUCUUUUCGCAAUAGUUCAUCUCAACGAGCUCACUUUGCAAUUUUUGUUCCAUCGGCAGCAGACCCUAAACGAGGGACUCUGAUCCACGCCGUCGGUGCACCCAUGGCGGGCUACAUCCUCGAGUUCAAACGGAACUACUCUCCUGCUAUGACCCAACAGCGCCAUGAGACUUUUCCGAUUGGCCAAGUUUAUUCGUCCAAUAUCGUUGACUCCGUGGACACAGCGAUGACCAAAGACUCAACUCCCAGAGGCAAGAUUGAGAUUGCUGCGUCUCAGGUCCCGACUCCUGGGAUCAGUCAGAACUUCAUGGCACCUGUCAAUGAUACCACCAAUAAGCGAUGUCAGGAAUGGACCAUGGACUUCGUCCACCAUUUAGUCUCCAAUGGCCUCAUUACAGCGGAAGCAAUUCAGAUUGUUCAAUCCAAACGUGAUCCCCCAAACCAUGGAAUCGGUCUUCAGCCCGCCGGAAGACGUUGA